UACUGUAUAUUUGCCGGGUCUUCUGCCAAUUUUUUUAUCACAAGGGCAUGUUCAGAAAAUGCACAGAAUUGGUCCAUUGUCUGCAAAUUUCUGCUAGUACAAAGAGAAGAUGAUGGACCAACCUAAACUUGUGCCUCUUUUCUUAUCAGGAACAUUUUUAUAUCUUCACCUUUCAGAUCUUCAAUUCCAGUCUGCAACUGCUGAGGAUCAAGUCACCUACAUAUACAGCUCCUGUGGAAAGAAUCAGCAAUAUGAUCAGGGAAGUGAAUAUGCAAACAAUGUUGAUCUUCUAUUACCUAACCUCACCUCCAGAGCUAGCACAAACAAGUUCUAUAACGUCACCAUUGGAGAACCCCCCAACCAAGUCUAUGGCCUUUUCCUUUGCAGCAGUUACUCCACCAAUCAAGUCUGCCAAGAUUGCAUCACACUUGCACAGGGUGAAAUUCAACAAAAAUGUCCAUCUAGUGUAGAAUCUAUUGUGUGGUAUAUAGAAUGUAUGUUACGCUAUGCAAACCACUCCAUAUUUUCCAUCAAUGAUGUCUCUGUAUCCCAUAAUUUGGAGUCCGGACAAGCAAAGUAUAGUCAGUUUAAUCAAGACUUGACAGACACAUUUAUCAUUCUCUUCAACACGGCUGCUAAUGGGAAUUCAUCAUUAGCAUCAGCCACAACAACUGUUUAUCUAACAAAUCACAUAUCAAUGAGCUGCUAUGUGGAUUGCACUCCCGAUUUGAGCCCCUCAGAUUGCAGAAAUUGCUUACAAAGUGCACUAAGUAAGCUUACAACACCUGGUACCCAAUCUGGAGGACUCCUACAACCAAGUUGCAGAUUGAUGUACGCUUUCAAUGAUGCUGGAACUCCCUCACCAGGCAAGGGGAUAUAUGUAGCCUUGGCUGUCAUUUCAGUUGUUGCAGCAGCAUCUUUGAUCUUACUCGUUUUCAUCUUCCUGAAGAAAAGAAAGACCACCGGAGAGCUUGCUGGAUUAGAUGAGAUUGAAGCCAUGGAAAACCUGCAGUUUGAAUUUGAAGCCAUCAAAUCAGCCACGGAAAACUUUGCCACAGAGAAAAAGAUUGGACAGGGUGGAUUUGGUGUUGUUUACUUGGGAACACUUGCAGAUGGGCAAGCAGUGGCUGUUAAGAGGCUCUCAAAUACCACAGGACAAGGAAUCAAAGAGUUCAAGACUGAGGCAUGUUUAGCUGCGAAACUCCAACACAAAAAUCUUGUCAAACUUUUCGGGUUCUGCUUGCAAGGGGAUGAGAUGUUACUUGUCUAUGAGUUUGUUCCUAAUAAAAGCCUUGAUCGGUAUUUAUUUGGUCCAAAAGGAGGAGCAAAGUUGAAGUGGGAGGCUCGUCAUAGAAUCAUAGUGGGAAUUGCCAAAGGCCUUUUAUAUCUGCAUGAAGAUUCUCGCCCUAAGAUCAUUCAUCGUGAUCUUAAACCCGGUAACAUUUUGUUAGAUGAAGAGAUGAACCCUAAAAUUGCUGAUUUUGGGAUGGCAAAGCUUUUUGGAGCGGAUCAAACCCAGGGAAAUACCAGUCGAGUGGCAGGGACAUUUGGAUACAUGGCACCUGAAUACGUAACAGCGGGACAUAUUUCAAUGAAGUCUGAUAUUUUCAGCUAUGGUGUCAUACUUUUAGAGAUUGUGAGUGGUUUGAGGAAUAGUUUUUCAGAUCCAGAUAACAGUCAGGACGAGAAUCUUCUGCAUUAUGCAUGGAGACUUUGGGAAGAGAGUACUCACUUGAAGUUGGUAGAUUCAGAAUUAGGGAAUGCUUUUUCAAAAGAUGAAGUUGAAAGAUGCAUAUACAUCGGGCUAUUGUGCAUUCAAGCAGAACCUGCAAAACGGCCAAACAUUGCAUCAGUCUUGCUCAUGCUUAAUACCCAACCUAUCAGCUUCCCACAACCUGCACCCCCUCCUCUUUUACCUUAUAAGACAAAAGAUCAAGCCACAUCACAAGGAAGCUAUGGUACUCAAGCAGAGGCUGAAAUAAGUGACCUGCUUCCUCGAACAAUCAUACAGGAAUGGAAAUACAGUAAUAUUCAACUCUCCAUGGCUUUAUGUUCCCUGCCAAAUUCCAAGCAAAAGUCAACCAUAAUGAAACAAACAAAAGCUGUGCCCCUUAAUAUCCCAUCAGCCUUGUUAUUUCUUUGCCUUUUCACCCUUCUAACCAAAUAUGCUACAGCUGAGGAUCAAGUUACCUAUUUACAGACCAACUGUUCCGAGGAUCACCACUAUGAUCAGGGGAGUGAAUACCAAAACAAUCUUGGUCUACUAUUCUCCAAUCUCAACUCUGAAGCUAGCACCAACAAGUUCUAUAAUUUCAGCAUUGGGGAUGCACCCAACAAAGUCUAUGGCCUUUUCCUUUGCCAUAGAAACUACGUCAAUCAGGUUUGUCAAGACUGCAUCACGCUUGCACAAGGAGAGAUUCAACGAAGAUGCCCAUCUAGCACAGAAGCUAUUGUGUGGUAUACAGAAUGCAUGUUUCGGUAUGCAAACCACUCCAUAAUCUCAAGGAACGAUGUCUCUGUAUUCUAUAAUCUUGGGAGUGGGCCUAAGAAGUACGAUCAGUUCAACCAACAACUGACGAAUACAUAUAUCAGCCUAUUUAAUCAGGCUACUGCUGGAAAUUCAUCAAUGAUGUCAGCAACAACCGUUGUUUAUGUUGCAAGAGAGAUAUCAGUUGGUUGCUAUGUAGACUGCACUCCUGAUUUGAGCCCCCAAGUAUGCAGAAGAUGCUUAGGCACUGCGCUAGGCAGGUUUCAUCCAGACGGCUAUCAAGCAGGAGUACUUCUGCAACCAAGCUGCAGAUUGAUGUAUGCUUUCUAUGAUGCUGUACUUCUUAAACCAGGCAAAGAGUUAUUCAUUGCAUUGGGUGUUGUUUCAGCAGUUGCAGCCGCAUCUUUGUUCUUAAAUGUUUUUGUCUGUCUGAAGAGAAAAAAGGCUUCCGGAAAGUUAACUGGGAUUGAAGAGAUUGAAAGCAUGGAAAACUUGCACUUUGAAUUGGAUACCAUUAAAGCAGCCACCGAUGACUUCUCACCAGCCAACAAGAUUGGACAAGGUGGAUUUGGGAUUGUUUACUUGGGAAAACUUGCAGAUCAACAGGCAGUGGCUGUUAAGAGGCUCUCAAAUGCUUCAGGACAAGGGCUCAGAGAAUUUAAGACUGAAGCAUGUUUAGCUGCCAAAAUUCAGCACAAAAAUCUUGUCAAACUUUUCGGAUUUUGUUUGGAAAGGGACGAGAUGUUACUAGUCUAUGAGUUUGUGCCUAAUAAGAGCCUCGAUCGAUAUUUAUUUGAUAAACAAAGAGGCGCAUAUUUGAAGUGGGAGACACGUUACAACAUCAUAGUUGGAAUUGCUCGAGGCCUGCUAUAUCUCCAUGAAGAUUCUCGCCCCAAAAUUAUUCAUCGUGAUCUUAAACCUAGCAACAUUUUGUUAGAUGGAGAGAUGAACCCAAAAAUUGCAGAUUUUGGCAUGGCAAAGCUUUUUGGAGUAGAUCAAACUCAGGGAAAUACCAGUAGAGUGGCAGGAACAUUUGGAUAUAUGGCUCCUGAAUACGCAACAAUAGGACAUUUUUCCGGCAAGUCUGACAUUUUUAGUUAUGGUGUCAUUCUUUUGGAGAUCGUGAGCGGUCAGCGGAAUAACUUGUUCAAUCCAGAUACAGAGACAGAAAACCUUCUAGAUUAUGCUUGGAGACUUUGGGAUGAAGAAGGGACUCCUCUGAAGUUGCUAGAUUCGGCACUGGGGAGUGAUUUCAGAAAGGGUGAAGCGGAAAGAUGUAUACAAGUUGGGUUAUUGUGCAUUCAAGAAGACCCAGCUAAAAGACCUAACAUUGAAUCAGUAUUGCUCAUGCUUAACACCGAACCUAUUACUCUCCCACCACCUGUAGCCCCUCCUGCUUUCCCUUUCCAUCCAGGAAAGCGAGCACCUCCAUGCGGAAGUUAUAGCAAUCAAGCAGAAUGUGAGAUCACUGAGUUGGCUCCUCGGUGAUAAGUAAAAGCCACAGUUAAUUGUUAAUUUUCUUUACAGAACUACAGUUGAUGUCUAGUUUCGGCAUUGUUUUAUACCUUUUUCUUUGACUCAUGCUGCUAUAUGAGUUUGAUUUGAUGUAUUGUACUCUGUUCUAAAGGAACCUUGCUUAAAUUUUACUUUCUUUUUUACAAACCA